AAAAAUAUAAAUCUUAAAUUUUUGUGGAUUAAACUCAUUCAACCCAAUUUUUGUUUUGUAAGUUUGUUCCUUAAAUACGCGAAUGACCAAUUUUUGUUCAUUUGGCAAAAAUAUGUGCAAAACUAGGCAGACAUGUAAAAAAACUGGCUCUGUCCCCAAUCGGCUAUUUUCUUAACGUUUUCUUUUUCUCUCUACUCUGGGCUUUCCCCGUGUGACAUCUGCAUCUGUUGUUGUUGUUGCGGCAACGCUGCAAGCGAUAAAUCUUUUUGUUUUUAACUUUUUCUAUAAAAGCAACUGUCCUCUGCAGUACGAUUAAAAUGUAUAGGAGAAAAGUUUAGCAACGAAUUCACGGAUGGCAAUCAAAAACUCUAAAUUCGAGAGCUUUUUAAAUAGAAUAUUAGACGACUGGGAACAGCAAGUCAAAUUAUACGAGCCGUGCGUGGUUUUGUCAAAAAACGAAAAACACUCGUUCCGAUUUAUGUUUGCGACCGGCGAUGCAAUAUCUGUCACCGAAAACCCCCCAAAGUCUGUCAUUUUUUCGAUUCCUUUCAGUACAAUGACUGGCAUUGAAUUGAUACACGACACUGCAACCUUCCUACAAAAAGAUUUACAAAACAUUGUCCAACACGUUUUAAUCCGCCACACGCAUCGAACCACGAAAAAACUUGCGCCUACGCUAAAUUUGCCGACAGCGCCAGAAGAAAGCGCUCACACAACUAAAAGUCAAACUUCCAUAGUAAAGUCAGUUUUGAAUUUGCUUACGAAGAAGAAGUCAGAAGACUUUGGAAGUGCAACCAGUUUAAGAUCAAAUGCGUCGUCGAAUUACAACUCGAAUAACAACUCAAACAGAUCAGAGUCAACUGAAGCUUGCGAAACAUUAUCGACGCAAAGUAGUUCAAGUCUGUCUCGUGCGCCCUCGGGGGAUUUAGGGGUCGAAGAAAUUCACUUCUAUAUCUUGAACGAAACUUCUACCAUGUACCAGAUGCUAAGGGUGUUGUGGAAAUCCUAUAUGCUGAAUGCUACAUCAAGUAUUGGUAUAGACGUGACAUCCACCCCAACAAAAAGUAGCAAAACUCAAAAAGAAACAACCAAAGUUUUGUUUUCUUCUUUAAAGGAGGAUUUGAUUUCAGCUUAUAAGCGAAACGAAUGUGUGGAAGUGAUCCAUAAAUACUUUUUCGAGCUGCAAUUUAUAGCCAAAGAGAAAGAUUCAAUCCAGCACUUGUUUUGGAGAGAUACAGAGUUGUUUAUAUUGUGUGGACAAACACUUACGCGGUAUCUUAACCAACAGACACACGAUGUGAACGAAAGAGCUGAUGAAAUAGAGUGCAUGGUGUUGGUUGUGGAAAUAUUGGCGAAAAUGCUUCAUCAGACCGAAGGUCUCACAGCUUGCCAUAAAGUUCUACAAACAUGCAGCGCGGCAUUCCAUGCAAACCUUAUUUCUUCUCUGCUGCACGAGCAUUUGUUCCCACCCUCGUUAACUAUGAGUGAAAACAUGAUGGAACUUGUUGAUGAAUAUAAUACAGCCGCCACUGAUGUGUUGUUUCACUUAAUGGAGAUCACUGCACAGGUGUCAUGGAAUUGGAACGGAAGUAAAGAUCCGGAUCUAACCGGUCAAAAGCUGUUUAGGGAGAUUGAGAAUCAUUCUGGUUUGAGAACGUUCAUCGACCGCAUUGUUUCACGUUGUGUUCGUAUUUGGGAACGAAACACAGAUGGUUCUGUCAGCGGAAGUCCGCGGUCUGUGACCUCAUUAUCCGCGCAUGAACCACUAUCUGGUGCUGACACAGUGACAAUAUAUCGCAUGCUGUUUGUCCUGCACCAGUGCUUGCUUAAAUGCAAACCUCUUGCACGACACGCGCCAAAGUACAAGGAAGAGUUUCGAUAUUUCAUCAGAAACGACACCGAAACUUCCAAAAUCCCCUCCUCGUACCCCUGCUGUUCCAUGGUUCUAGAAAUGCUAAAAAAUGUCAAGUUUUUAGUUCUCGGCGAAAAUGUUUAAUUCCUUUUUUACCACUGUUCCAAUUUUUAUACCAUGUUAAUUUUUGUAUCUUUUAAUUUGCACUAUAUUGUAGUGAAGCAAUAGUUAUCGCCCCAAAGUACAUGUAACUCAAUCUUAUUUUUAACAAAGUUUUGUUGCCUAAUGUUUAUUUAAAAAAAACGACAAAAAAUUCAAAAUAAUAUUCAAUUUUUUUUACAAAACAUUGAUUCGCCUAAAUUGUUGUAAAAAAACGUUGAAGUAUUACAAUUUUAAACUGCACUAUAUUUUACCCAAUUCGCAAACUCGUUUCAGUGGUUUCUGUAAUACCAGUGUUUUUGUUUUCAAAAUGAGGUCACUUUAGCCCAUUGUUAUCAAACAAAGACCAUUAUUAUCGUAAAAA